UGCAGGCAGCAAGAACAUGCCUUCAUACAAAUACCGCUGACGAAGACAUGCACUUUCUGUUGACCUUCCCCCACGAUGCUUCCUCACCAAUUUCCUUAUUGUCAUCCCUUGCUCACUCAUCGCACAUUCUUGGUCUAACAUGCGAUUUCAAAGCACUCUAAUCCCGCUGGCGGCAUGCUGCACACUCGCAGCUGCCGUCGUUGCGCAGCCCGUCCGCUUUGUCAAGCGAGCGGGCGUCACAUGGCCUGCACCAUUUGCCACGCCGCCCCGGUCUAUGACACCGCAACCGUGGAUCGACGCGCUGAAUGCCGCCGUCGCCACCGGCAAGAUCCCGAGCAUCCCGCGCUCCCAGAAUGUAAAUGGGCCCUUGAAGUACCCCGAUGGUGUGAACCCCGCCGAUCCAUCCGUCUGCAACUGGUCGUACAGCCAAUGCGAAGGUCCGAAUGACAUCACUUCUGCUCCGCAAGGUCAGGUUGCCAUUAACUUUGACGAUGGCCCGUCGCAAGGGACAAACGAGUUGUUGAACUUCUUGCAAACGAACAGCCAGAGCGCCACGCACUUCCUCAUCGGCAGCAAUAUUCUAACGAACCAAGAUGCGUUCCAACAAAUGGCAAAGUCCCCCCUGCAUCACCUCGCCGACCACACUUGGUCCCAUCCGUCUUUCAUCACAGCCUUGUCCAACGAGGACGUCGUUGCAGAAAUUGGAUGGUGCAUGGAGAUCAUCUUCCAGCUGUCCGGCAAGGUCCCAGCCUUCUGGCGACCUCCACAAGGCGACGCUGACAACCGUAUUCGCGCGAUCGCCGAGCACGUAUUUGGCCUCACGCUCGUCAGCUGGUCUGGUGACUCGAACGACUGGGAGCUGAGAGAAGGCAGUGGCAGCGUCGGCGACUCGCCCGCGCAGGUCUGCACCAACAUCCACCAAGCGUUCGGCAGCUUGACCAGCCAGGGCAAGGGUGUCCUCGUGCUCGAGCACGAGCUGACCGAUCAGAGCGUCCACGCGUUCGAGUGGUGCACCUGGCCGCUGGUACAGCAGUUCAACCUCCAAGCCCGGAACAUUGCGCAGCUUGGCGACACGCCCGGCAAGCCCUGGUACGCCAAUGCGCUCAACAACACCGCGCCCGUCAGCGCGCAGCAGGGUAUCCUGUCCAUGCAACGGCAGGAGAUCAUCGCGUCUGCUGGGUCUGGUAACCAAACGAGAACAAUGUCUAGUACGACUGCCAGCAGCCUCACCAUCUCCACAAGCGCAGCGUCAAGCGCGAGUAGCCACAAGGCUGUCGCCUCUGCCGCACCGGCACCAACUUCCGUGCAGAUAGGCCACACGUCCACUGCUGCGCUGUCGGCGAGCCGCAGCUCUUGCGCCUCGGCUGCAGCACUGUUAGUCACCCUCUCAGUAUCUGCUGCAUUUUUCCUCUGAGCAGCAUCACGACGCGCCCCCUUCCUCUCCACGCCAUGGCGCAUAAUGAGCACACUCAACGAUCGGCAUACACUACGGACACUUGUAAUACUAUUUUCCUUUGCACCCGUAUCGCAUAUUGCAAAUUUUGUAUUCAAGUUGCAACUGCAUUAAUUGACUGAUAGACCUCAUGAACGAUGACGAGCGAGAAUUUGUACUGCGCUGAGCAAUCCGC